AUGUUGGGAGUGGGGUUGGGACCGUGGGAUUGGAAUUGGAACUUCGGGAUUGGGGUGAGAUCCCAAGGGAAGGCUCUGAACCCCUUCCACGUCAUCUGCAUCAACAAGAUGCUCUCCUGUGCUGGGGCCGACAGGCUGCAGACUGGCAUGCGGGGGGCGUUCGGGAAGCCGCAGGGCACCGUGGCCAGGGUGCACAUCGGGCAGGUCAUCAUGUCCAUCCGCACCAAGGCCCAGAACAAGGAGCACGUGGUGGAGGCGCUCAGGAGGGCCAAGUUCAAGUUCCCCGGCAGGCAGAAGGUAUUUUUGGGGGGUUUUUGGAGGCACCCCAAAAAAUUCCAGGGGUGGGGGGACCCCAAAAGUUAA